AAGAACCCAAGAUUUUAGCGUUCAAGUCAUAACUCUUGCGAAACCCUAUCGACGACAAGGCGAAACCCCAACGUCGACCAGCGUUAGAUCGAUCUUAUCUAUCUAAUUCAUUGAUACCCUAUCAGAAGAAGCUGAUCAAUGGAAGUUUCUGACCGAGAGCUGCAAGCAGUUGAAGAAGAUCACAGUAAAAAUGGAGGAUCUGAAACUGAGAAUUAUGAUUCAGAUGACUCGGAAGAAGAUCCAACUUACGACAUUAUCGAAGAAACUCGCUCAAGUUUCUCAAGGUUUUCGAUCAACAAGACAAAGUCUCGUACUGUCCAGAAGAAGAUGGAUUUGGGCAGUGAGGAUGAACUGGAUGAUGCUGAAAUAAAGGUGCCCGAACUUGAAGAGAAAGACGAGAAAAGCUUUGAAAAGGUCCAAAAACUCAUCCAAGCUGGUAAACUGGAGAAAUUAAAAGUUGAAGAUUGUAAGGUGUAUUUGAGGAAGAAUGGGCUCAGAUUAACCGGAAAAAAGGAUCUUCUUAUCCAGCGCAUCAGAGAGCACCUUGAGAUAAUGGAUGGGGGUGGUGAGAAGAAGUACCCAUUAUCUAGCUUUGUGUUGAACUGUAAAGGAGACGCAUGCACUGGAGAUGUGGUAAUGUUUGAGCAAAAUGUUUAUGAAAUGUAUAAUAUAGCAUCUAGGAGUGCCACAGGUCCUUCUAUUGGUACUAGGACUGUUGUCGGCCGUAUUGUGAAAGAAAGCUAUGGUGCUGCCAAGCAACAACACACCUUCACGAUUGAAGUGCUGUGGAGCAAAGGGGUCAAACCACUCCCACCACUUCAUCCCCUUCUCAUCAAGGGAAGGAAUCUCUAUAAGCUCAAGACAAUGAGGCAGGUAUGGAGCAAUGAAGAGGAAAGAAGGAAAAUUUUGCUUGAAAAGCAUUCAAGAGGUUCUAUUGCUAGAUCCAAGAGAGAGGCUAGGAUUCAAGAGAAGGAAACAAGGAAGAAAAUUCGAGAGGGUCAAAGCAUUGCAAGAAAGGAGACCGGCACCAUCCGGAGUAUACAGUCUCGAGAACAGCAGCAGCAGCCCCACAUGGGAAAAGUUAGUCCCCAAGAGCAACCUCCAAAAUCUGACUUCAUUGAGGUCAUCCAACAUCAGUGUGCCAUCCCCCAAAGUUUCACUGGGAUCUUCCAACGUCAACCUCAAGCCACUCCUACUGAACCAAUGGGCCUCCAGAGCAGACAUAUUAGAGACCAGCGGACUACCAACAUUCCUGACAUCCGGAAUCAGCAGAGUAAAGGAUUUCCUAUUGCCAGCAGGCAGCACCCACAUGCAAAUGAGCAACCAUCAGAGAGGUUCCAUCACAGGCAGCCAUUGGCAAGCUUGAAUUCUUAUUUUCCCCAGAGGACAUUGCAGAGGCAAGGCUGUUUGCAACUGCAGCCAUGCUGGUUCUAUCCUCAAGGGAGGUGUCGUUAUGGAGACAGAUGCAAGUAUUUACAUGAUUAAAGAGAAGCCUACAUGGUGAGGCGGGUACAAGGAGAAUUUCACUUGUUAAUAACCUACGUGCUUGUUUUUUUAUUUUGAGGCUGGGCAAAACGAAGGGAGUUUCACUUGUUAUAUAUAGAAUGUUUUUAGAAAUUAAAACUUCUUCAGCUGGCUUGCUGAAUUUUUGGUAUCCAUUGAGAUCUAACUCCGAAGUCGGACCUCUAUUUUGAGUA